AUGAUCUGUGCCUGGAAUGCGUUGCUAGAUCUCUGCUCUAGAAAGCUAUACAGGCAACAACAAACGCGGUUUGACCCGGGGCUUCACUUUCAUUACUUCUUUCACAACGAGGGAACCGCGCCCGCAUCAGUCGAUGUGGUGGAACGCCCUCCUGAGUCAAAGAUAGAGCUUUUGCUCCUCUCUCCAAGAGAGACGCUUCGGUAUCUGAAUCGGCUGAAGGAGAGUGAAGAGGCGGCUACUCUCCCAGCCCACGGGGAAGCCUCUUCUUUCUGGUCUACAUCAAGUGCAUUGAAUGCCCCACAAUCAGAAUCAAAGAGGAUAGGUCAAGGAGAUGUUCGGGACGAAACCUGA